UUUGUUUUGUUUUAGUUUGGUAGGCCCAUCUUUCUCUGCAUUCCUCUUGCCACCCAUCUAUCACACGUGUUCGAAUGGGGCCCCUGAUAUGAUCAUCACACUUUGAUUUCUACUUACACGAUUGUUACCCGAUCCGAGCAACUUACACCCAAGACAUUUCUCAACAAUAAAGGCCAAACUAAUUUUCCCCGUGUAAGCGUGUUCCCUUGUGUGGAAGAGCAACCUGGCUGCAGCAAUGCCUGCUCUCACCUUUCCUUCUCUUCUAUUCCCUUUCCUCUUAUUUCUUUCUAUCGUCUCUUCCAAAAUUUACCCUUUCUCGCUCUCCUCACUCAAUCAAACCACAUUCAUCUCCACCUUUUAACCCAAUUAGUUUUUCUUUUCUUUUUUUUUUUUUUUUUUUUUUUAUCAUCUUACCACAUCUGGGCAAAGAUCCCUACUUAAAUUCAUUCAAACACAACACCUUUUUCUUUUUCCUUUUUACAAAAUGUACAAGCUCUGAUUUCUCUGUUUUGGCUGAAUAGGAAGUUGGAGUUUUCUUCGUAUUAGUUGGAGGAACAGAAAGAGACCCAAGAAGAAAAGAUUUAGAGUUUUUUUCUCUUUGAUUUUGCUUUUCUUGGUCAUUUUUGGAAAUAAGAAGGAGAGAUGAAAGUGACCCAGAAAGAAUCAGAGAAACUAAUCUCGGAUCGGAUGGCAUCGGGGACUCCCAUUUCCGGGUCUGGUUCGCAGACCCGACCCAUCCCCAAGCUCAUGUUCUGGCUCAUCCUCUCCAUCUCCGUCACCUAUGUCGUCUACACCCUCAAGCUCGUCUCCACCUCCCAGACCUGCGACGAGGAACCCUUCUCUCUCGAAAACCGUCAAUCCAUCUCAUCAUCAUCAUCAUUAUCUUCGUCAUUAUCAGCAUCACUAUCAUCCCUCAAUACAUCCCGGCCGUUGAUUGAGCGAGUAAUGAACAAAACGGUACAUCGACGGCGCGAUUCCCAAGAACCGGCCCCACUGCAGCAUCAUCAGCUAUUGCGGCAGGAGGAUGUAGAAACAAACAUCCGUCACAUAGUCUUCGGCAUCGCUGCGUCGUCAAAGCUUUGGAACAAGAGGAAAGAGUACAUCAAGAUUUGGUAUAAACCGAAGCUAAUGCGGGGCACAGUGUGGCUUGACAACGAGGUGAAAACCCCGAAGGAGGAGAGAGACCUACUACCGCCGGUGAGAAUAUCGGCGGAAACGUCUCAGUUCCCGUAUAACAACCCACAGGGCCAUCGUUCGGCGAUUCGGAUCUCGCGGAUCGUAUCUGAAACGUUCCGGUUGGGGCAGGAAAAUGUGAGGUGGUUCGUGAUGGGGGACGACGACACCGUUUUCAUUACAGAGAAUCUGCUCAGAGUUCUGAAGAAAUACGACCACAACCAGUUUUAUUACAUAGGAAGUUUAUCAGAAUCUCAUCUUCAAAACAUAUUUUUCUCUUAUGGGAUGGCCUAUGGCGGUGGUGGGUUCGCCAUUAGCUACCCAUUGGCCAAAGCACUGCUGAAGAUGCAGGACAGAUGCAUACAGCGAUAUCCAGGAUUAUAUGGGUCUGAUGAUAGGAUGCAAGCUUGCAUGGCCGAACUCGGUGUUCCACUCACCAAGGAAGUCGGUUUUCAUCAGUAUGAUGUGUAUGGAAACCUGUUUGGGCUGCUGGCUGCUCACCCUGUUACGCCAUUUGUUUCUUUGCAUCAUCUUGAUGUUGUUGAACCUAUCUUCCCGGAUUCUACAAGAGUUGAAGCCCUUCAGCGUCUUCUGAUCCCAAUGAGGCUGGACUCAGCAGGGCUGAUGCAACAGUCUAUCUGCUAUGACAAGACAAAGAGCUGGACGAUCUCAGUCUCGUGGGGGUAUGCUGUUCAGGUUUUCCGAGGAAUCUUCUCACCGAGAGAGAUGGAAAUGCCGUCAAGGACAUUCUUGAAUUGGUACAAAAGAGCAGAUUACACAGCAUAUGCAUUCAACACCCGUCCGGUCAGCCGGAAUCCUUGCCAGAAACCCUUUGUGUUUUAUUUUUCAAAGGCAAAAUUUGAUGCUUCACUGAACACGACAGUGAGCGAGUAUGCCCGACAUCGAGUAGCUCACCCUGCUUGCAAAUGGAAGAUGGCAAAUCCUGGUGAUCUUGACAUGGUGGUGGUAUACAAAAGACCAGAUCCUCAUCUAUGGGACAGAUCUCCAAGAAGAAACUGUUGCAGGGUGAAAAUGGAGUCAAAGAAGAAAGGAAGCAUUGAAAUCAAUGUGGGAGUAUGUAAGGAAGGUGAAGUGACGGAAGUAUAGAUUAAGUUUUUAGGAGUUUAAUUAAUGUCUUCUUCUUGUCUUGUCAUCUUCAUUUGGUUGAUUUAAUUUUAUAAAUACUUCAAAUUUUGUAAGAGUAUCCUUCCCCCCCGCAACUAGAUUGACAAACAAAACGCUUCAUUAGGUGGGAAA